UGAGUUGGACAUGAGUAAUGCAAUGGAGGCAAUAUGGACUCGAUUUCGGUCACUUGAUAUUGUUGGUAAAAGAGCGUUGAAGAGUAAAGUGUUUGAACUUGCUUAUCCAGCCUCAAGUUCAUUGCGUCCACCACCUGAAAAAAUAAAAACCAGAGGAGGAGUGAAGAACAAAGAUAAAGGCAAAGCACCAAAGGGUUAUGAUGUGUACCGUGAUCCAUCAUACUUUGAACAUGUUGAAAGAGAAUAUGGUGAUUCACAAGGUACAUCAAAGAGGUCGCGUACACAACUAUCUCAGCCAUCUCAGGAUCAACAAGCUCAACCAUCUCAAAAGCAACUAUCACAAAUGUCUAAAAAAUUGACAUCUCAGAAGUAUCUGGGGCAAUUUCCUGAUCAUAUACAUCCACAUAUUGUUGACAUUAUUGAAGUGUUAGGAGAUGGAAAUUGUGGUUUUAGAGCUGUUGCAUAUUUACUUGGUUACACAGAGGAAGGUUGGCCCAUCGUCCGCCGAGAGUUACAUGAAGAGCUGACAAAUAAUAACAGUUUGUAUGAGAAAUUAUUCAGACAAGGUUUACAGGGCGUUAGAGAUUCGCUGGUAGCAAAUAGAUGGUUCACCGUACCUGCUAUGGGUUACUUGGUAGCAAAUAGGUAUAAUGUUAUUUUAGUCACUUUGGGUAAACCUAGUCGGACCUUCUUUCCUAUGAUGACUUCAUAUUCCUCUUCAGCAAGGUUUUUUUGUAUCGGUUUUGUCGGUGGAAAUCAUUGGGUGCCGGUAAACAUGUCAAAGGGAUUUCCGUUGCCCGAAGUUACAGCUGAUUGGAAGAAAUUUCGUUCACAUGAGGCAACAUCUUGGAUGUCAAACUUAAACGGACGCCUACAAUAUUGGCAACUUCUAAAUCCUCCGGUGAAACCUCCUAAUGGUGUUAUGUCUGUUGAUUAAUUUUUAAUUUUAUGUCAAACAUUUAAAUAUUACUUAUUUUCAUGUAAUGCAAAACUUCUCUUGAAGAGGUUUUGUU